GAAAUCCCACCAACCGCCACUCCGGGCCGUGAAGAGACGGGGGAGUGUUCACCAUGCCUGAGCCGGCCAAGUCCGCGCCCGCGCCCAAGAAGGGCUCCAAGAAAGCCGUCACCAAGACCCAGAAGAAGGGCGACAAGAAAAGGAAGAGAGCACGGAAGGAGAGCUACUCGAUCUACGUGUACAAGGUGCUGAAGCAGGUGCACCCCGACACGGGCAUCUCGUCCAAGGCCAUGGGCAUCAUGAACUCCUUCGUCAACGACAUCUUCGAGCGCAUCGCCGGCGAGGCGUCGCGCCUGGCGCACUACAACAAGCGCUCGACCAUCACCUCGCGGGAGAUCCAGACGGCCGUGCGGCUCCUGCUGCCCGGCGAGCUGGCCAAGCACGCCGUCUCCGAGGGCACCAAGGCGGUCACCAAGUACACCAGCUCCAAGUAGAGCGCCGCGGAUCCUGUUUUUAACCCAAAGGCUCUUUUCAGAGCCACCAACUUACUCGAGUAAAAGGGCUGCAUUGCUGGUUUUUGUGAGAGGUGCACAAUAGGCUGUUGAAGUACUUAAGCUCUUAGGGUAGGUGAAGUUAAGCACUUAAUCUUAAAGAGGGAGUAUAGGUAAGGACUAAGCUUCUACUAGACGUACUGAAUAACAUUUGAUUAGCUAAAGUAACUGUACUCUAUUGAUUUGGGCACCUUCUGAAGCAGUUUUCUUGUUUUGCUAGCUCUUCGAACUCAGACUCUCAGGGAAGGUAGUAAGUACUUCUUCGUUUACAUUGCUGUGAAUUGCUCUACUUUCUAAGGAUUUGUACUUCUAAGUGUUACUGCAAUUAAGAAAUCCUAGUUGAUACUGCAGUUUGCUUUAUGUACCCUACAAAUGUUCACUCGUAAAAUAAAAAUCCUAUUUUUAUCUAUUUCAGUCACGAAUAAACGUGUGGAAAUCACUUACUGAAA